GGCAGCCCGCGUCACGUGGUCGCCGAGCCGCACCGAAUCGCCGGGAGAGCCGAGGGAGAACCGGGUGGAAGCCGAGAAACCCAGCCCCGACAGCAGCGCCCGGUCCCGCCCCGGCCCCCGCCCCGGGGCGCUCUCCGCACGCCCGCCGGCCUCCCGGGCCUCUAGAACCGAGCCCUGCCGGCCCCUACGCGCCAGCACGGGAUCGAACCCAGCUCCCAGCGGCCGUGAUUCGGGGAGACUUCCUGCUGCUUUCUUCUUCCUUCUGGGUGGAGGGAAAAAGCAGAUUCCAAGGCCUCACUGUCCCAGGUGCAGCCGCUGUUAAGUGAGAAGCCUGGAGCCAUUGAGGGGACUCGGCUGGUGUAAAGAAGAGCUGAGCCACUGCUGCCUGGAGCUCUGCCUUAGCCCCCUGGGCCCCACCAAGCGAGCGGCAUGUGGCAGCCCCGGGCCAGCCCAGUGUCCUCCGGCCGGCUGCCCAGCCCCCCCAGGAGGUCCUGACGCCCUGGGGCACUUCCACUCUGCGCAGGACCACGCGGGGGUUUGCCAUGGUGACAUAAAGGGGCGCAGGGGAAGGAAGGAGCGUGACCGGCCUGCGGACCGCGCCCUGGCUGGGAGGAAGGGCCGGGGGCCCAGAUCCUCCACGCCUGCUGCCCACUGAGGGCCUCGCUUCCCAAGACUCUGUGAAUUUGUUGGUCGGUGGACUCUCGUGUCUCUUCUGUGUGGCGCCUUGAGGCGGCCAGGGCAGGCCGGGCCUCCGACGACCGAGGCUGCGGGGCCAGGAUGCCCUCCCUGGCGCGCCGCCGGAGGCUGUGUCGGCACAUGUCCCCGCAGGCCGUCUUUUUCCUGCUGUUCGUCUUCUGCCUGUUCAGCGUUUUCGUCUCGGCCUACUACCUGUAUGGCUGGAAGUGGGGCCUGGAGCCGUCGGCCGAUGCCCCUGAGCCCGACUGCGGGGACCCUCCACCCGUGGCGCCCAGUCGCCUGCUGCCGCUCAAACCCGUGCAGGCGGCCGCCCCUUCGCGCACGGACCCGCUGGUGCUGGUGUUCGUGGAGAGCCUCUACUCGCAGCUGGGCCAGGAGGUGGUGGCCAUCCUGGAGUCCAGCCGCUUCAAGUACCGCACGGAGAUCGCGCCCGGCAAGGGCGACAUGCCCACGCUCACCGACAAGGGCCGCGGCCGCUUCGCCCUCAUCAUCUACGAGAACAUCCUCAAGUACGUCAACCUGGAUGCCUGGAACCGGGAGCUGCUGGACAAGUACUGCGUGGCCUACGGCGUGGGCAUCAUCGGUUUCUUCAAGGCCAACGAGAACAGCCUGCUGAGUGCACAGCUCAAGGGCUUUCCCCUGUUCUUGCACUCGAACCUGGGCCUGAAGGACUGCAGCAUCAACCCCAAGUCCCCUCUGCUCUACGUGACACGGCCCAGCGAGGUGGAGAAGGGUGUGCUGCCCGGCGAGGACUGGACCGUGUUCCAGUCGAACCACUCCACCUACGAGCCGGUGCUGCUGGCCAAGACGCGCUCGUCCGAGUCCAUCCCGCACCUGGGUGCCGACGCCGGCCUGCAUGCCGCGCUGCAUGCCACUGUGGUCCAGGACCUGGGCCUCCAUGACGGCAUCCAGCGCGUGCUCUUUGGCAACAACCUCAACUUCUGGCUACACAAGCUUGUCUUCGUCGAUGCUGUGGCCUUUCUCACAGGCAAGCGCCUCUCGCUGCCUUUGGACCGCUACAUCCUGGUGGACAUCGAUGACAUCUUUGUGGGCAAGGAGGGCACGCGCAUGAAGGUGGAGGAUGUGAAGGCCCUGUUUGACACGCAGCAUGAACUACGCACACACAUCCCAAACUUCACCUUCAAUCUGGGCUACUCAGGGAAAUUCUUCCACACAGGUACCGAUGCCGAGGACGCUGGGGAUGACCUGCUGCUGUCAUACGUGAAGGAGUUCUGGUGGUUCCCCCACAUGUGGAGCCACAUGCAGCCCCACCUUUUCCACAACCAGUCUGUGCUGGCGGAGCAGAUGGCCCUGAACAAGAAGUUCGCUGUCGAGCACGGCAUUCCCACGGACAUGGGGUACGCAGUGGCGCCCCACCACUCGGGUGUGUACCCCGUGCAUGUGCAGCUGUACGAGGCCUGGAAGCAGGUGUGGAGCAUCCGCGUGACCAGCACGGAGGAGUACCCCCACCUGAAGCCGGCUCGCUACCGCCGCGGCUUCAUCCACAACGGCAUCAUGGUCCUCCCACGGCAGACCUGCGGCCUCUUCACGCACACCAUCUUCUACAACGAGUACCCCGGAGGCUCCAGUGAGCUGGACAAGAUCAUCAACGGCGGCGAGCUCUUCCUCACCGUGCUCCUCAAUCCCAUCAGCAUCUUCAUGACGCACCUGUCCAACUACGGGAAUGACCGCCUGGGCCUGUACACCUUCAAGCACCUGGUGCGCUUCCUGCACUCCUGGACCAAUCUCCGGCUGCAGACACUGCCCCCCGUGCAGCUAGCCCAGAAGUACUUCCAGAUCUUUUCUGAAGAAAAGGACCCACUCUGGCAGGACCCCUGUGAGGACAAGCGCCACAAAGACAUCUGGUCCAAGGAGAAGACGUGUGACCGCUUCCCAAAGCUCCUCAUCAUCGGGCCCCAGAAAACAGGCACCACGGCCCUCUAUCUGUUCCUGGGCAUGCACCCGGACCUCAGCAGCAACUACCCCAGCUCAGAGACCUUCGAGGAGAUCCAGUUCUUUAACGGCCACAACUAUCACAAAGGCAUCGACUGGUACAUGGAGUUCUUCCCCAUCCCUUCCAACACCACCUCCGAUUUCUACUUUGAGAAAAGUGCCAACUACUUUGAUUCAGAAGUAGCACCCCAGCGGGCAGCCUCCCUGCUGCCCAAAGCCAAGGUCCUGACCAUCCUCAUCAGCCCAGCCGACCGGGCCUACUCCUGGUACCAGCACCAGCGAGCCCAUGAUGACCCAGUGGCCCUGAAGUACACCUUCCACGAGGUGAUCACGGCUGGGCCCGACGCGUCCUCGAAGCUGCGCGCUCUCCAGAACCGCUGCCUGGUCCCUGGCUGGUAUGCCACCCACAUCGAGCGCUGGCUCAGCGCCUUUCACGCCAACCAGAUUCUGGUCUUGGAUGGCAAACUGCUGCGGAUAGAACCUGCCAAAGUGAUGGACACGGUGCAAAAGUUCCUGGGGGUGGCCAACACCAUCGACUACCACAAAACCUUGGCGUUUGAUCCAAAGAAAGGAUUUUGGUGCCAACUGCUUGAAGGAGGAAAAACCAAGUGUCUGGGCAAAAGCAAGGGGCGGAAAUACCCAGAGAUGGACUUGGAUUCCCGAGCCUUCCUGAAGGACUAUUACCGGGACCACAACAUUGAGCUUUCCAAGCUGCUGUACAAGAUGGGCCAGACACUGCCCACCUGGCUGCGGGAGGACCUCCAGAACACCAGGUAGCCGUGGCCACAGCCAGACCGAACGUUUGCGAUGGCAGGGACAUCCCGCCGCAAGCUGAGCCAGACUGACCUGCAGGGUGGGGAGCCGGGCCCAGGCCGGCCAAGCACUUAUGAGCAAUACUCUGCCAAGGCCCAGCAGGGCUGGGAGAAGAAGGCCCCGGCAGGUCCACAAGCACCCCGGAGCAUCCAGGGGCUGGGUCUGUGGCCUCGUGGACCUCCCUAGCCACCAGAGGUCCAUUCCGUUCACAACUUCUUGGGGGGAAGCCACUGCCUGUUGGUGGAAGAUGCUUCCUAGAAGGAGGGACUCCAUGAGACUGUGUUCAAUCAACCAUACCCUUCUCCAUCCCACCACUCCCUGUCCCGGCAGGGUAUCCCCUCAGUGUUAGCUGCCAUAUUUUCCCUGUCCUCCACACAAUAAGGGAGAAGAGCCCAGCUGGGCCUUUUGCCAAACCAGGGAGAAAGACUGGACAUUUCCCUGACCGUUUCGAGCCAGGCCCUCCAGAGGGGUGAGCUGGGCACCCAGAGUCGGUCUCUAGGCUGGAUGUGAGGGUAGCCACCUCGAGAGAAUGUGGAACCCCCCACACACUCUGAUUCGUACCUUCACCUCGCACCUUCCCUUUUUGGGGAAGGAUUCUCUGGUUCUACAGUAUCCAUCAGUCCCUGAGGCCUCCUUCAGGUCCCUGGGGCACUGCCAUGCCAUUUGGACCCUGAGACCCAGGCCUCAACCCCACCCCCUUUCUUCUCCCCGGGAUAUAGCAUGUGUGGUGCUUCCUGUGGUAAUGGACUGAGGUGGUCAGGGGUCUGCCAGGAGACACGUUCCAACGUACACGCGUGGUCCCCAUGCCCACCCGGCCUUGGCUCCUGGCGGACACAGGGCAGAGCUGGCGAGACUGCUUUUCCCAGCUACCUGUGGCUGAGGGUUCCCAGAGAUCCCCUUAACCUCCCAAAUACUAAGAAGCUAAAGUAUUUUAAUAUUUUGGUUUUUUUCUUGGUGCCAGAGUUUAAGAGUUUAUACCCUGGGUGCUGGGGUUGCACUGUGUUCUUUAUAUAUAUAUAUAUAUAUAUAUAUAAUGUAUAUAUAUAUAUUAUAUUUUUUUUUGUUGGGUUUGUUUUUAAUUCAGUUGUACAAAACGGUGGUAAGCCCCGGUUCCAAAGGGUGUCAUAUCUCUGCUUGAGAGUGAGAUGGAGGGGAGGGGGCAGUGUCUUCUUGUGUCUGAGGCCUCAAGGAAACAGUUUAGAGGUGCCCUUGGAGAGGUGUCUCUUCCUUCUCCCAAGUGCCGUGGCUGUACUGGGGCAACCCAGGUGAAAAGAGGUGGUGAGAUGUAUAGGGAAGACCAACCCUCGCUGGGAAAGUCUCAAAGCCCGGUCACCCUGGGGAAUUUUGGCCAAAGGAAAUAGCUGGGACUGGGGUAGGAGAGCUAGGGCCAAAGGCUGGCCCACCCCCCACCCCCUCACAUGGUGCUAGGUUGGGAGCUGCCCUGGGAGCUGGGAGCCCACUGGACCCACCUGCAGACAGUGGGAUUUCUGGCUGUUUUCAUGGUUGGGGUCUGCUCCUACAACCACCCCUUCUUUUAACAAUGUGAAGUGACUGAGGCUGGGGUGCCUUUCCCCAGCCCCUUCCAACUGCCAAUUCAGCUUUGAAUUGACACCCAGGAAAUACUUUCUGGAAAGCCUUGUCCUGUCAGGAGACUCCAGUAUCUUGGCGCUGGAAGAAUCUUUUGGAGGUAUGGAGACAGGUCCAGAAAGGGGAGGUGGCCUUCUGGGCUGAGGUCACAGAGCUGGGGUUGGGAGCGGGGCUGAGAAUCGAACUCGAGGCUCCUGAGCUGGAGCCGAGUGCUCUUCUUCCAAUGCCACACUGCCUCUGAGCCCAUCCCGGGGACCCUGCCUUGUGCCAGGUUCCCGUCCCUCCCUCAGUCACACCCUUGGUCAUUCCAGGAUAUGGGGAAAACCACUCCUUCCCAGGGUGCCUUUGAGCCUUCUCAGCCCCAGACCUGCAUUUGCAUCCCUGUCAUGCUCUCCUCAGCUUGAAGCGUCCUUCCCCAGCCUGCGGGGCCUGGGUUUGUCUGAGUUCUGAACCGAUCCCCUUUUCUCAAGUUCUACACUGGGGCGGCGAGGAAGGUUGGAUACGCAACUGGACCAGCUGUGUGUGGUUGCCUUGUGUGCGGCCAGAAUUCCCAUCGUGCCCCUCACGGGGAGCCUGGAAGCCUCGCACGCUGUGGGCCUGUGAGCAGAGGUGCUGAGCCGCUCAGGGCCCGGGGGCAGGGCGGCAUGUCCAUGUGUGCUUAUGAAGACCCUCCCACACCGCGGAAGAGGCUACCAGAGCGGGGCAACUACUUCCAUAGUUUCCCUGGGCCUCACUUCCCAUCUGUCAGCUGAGCUGUUUGGGUUCUGUGACCUGUGAGAAUCUUACAGCUCCCACAUUCUAUAAGCUACCCUCUGGGACCCUCCGUCUCUCAGAGCCCAAGAAGGGCCCGGGCCUGGCCGCCAUGGAGCGGCCCUCAGGGGGCAGGCAGUGCCACCUCUCUCAGCCUUGGGCCUGAGGAAGGAGCAGGCAGGCUUGAGGCCCUUGGGGAGCAGAGGAGAGGUUCUAGAUUUGGGUCCCGGUGCUUCUGCAGUACUGAGACCCGACCUGUCACACGUUCUCCGUCGGUCUGGACACUGCUGCUGCCCUUUCCCCUAACAAGUCUCUCCUGGGCACCCCUGGGCCGAGACACUGCCAGGACCUGCCAGUUCGGGGCUAAGCCCCUGUUGGGGCUCUCAGAUAGACACAGAGUCCUCCCACAAGAAGAGACAACCAGAGAGCAGUGGGGCACAGUGUCAGCAGCCUCUUUACUGUUUACUAAUUCCCUGUUUGACCAAAAAAGUGAGAGAGAGAGGAAUAGCUGAGGUAGUGCAGGUGACCCCACCUCUAUUCUCUGUCCCCCCUGCUCCCGUGAGCCUCUGCCCCCAGGGGGUGCAGGUGGAGGAAUCACCACAGCUGCCUCCUUCCCUGAGGGCUCUCGGAGCUCCCCACGAGGCGGGCAUCUCACCACUUGGAGGGUGAGUCUGAAUUUUAAAGAUGGGCCUUUCCCAAGCCCCUAAAUACCAGCACCCAGGGCCUCUGGGCCCAGCUGAGGAUGCAGCAGCCUAUUUCUGCCAGAGGAGAGCAGCGGGACUGACCCACAGAGAUAGGAGGUCCCCAACGUGGUGCUGUCCCAAUGGGUGUGUUAGUGGAAAGAGUUGUAAAAAUGUUUUACGAAGCGUUUUAUUAUGAGCAUCCAUAUUCCCACCACCCAGAUGGAAAGUUAUUAACAUUUUACCACAUUUGUUUUCUCUCUCUCCGUUUUAUCAUGAACUGUUUAAAAAGAAGUUGCAAACAUCAUGAGACUUCACCCCUAAAUGCUUCAGCCUGUUUUCCCAGGAAUUAGGACAUUCUCCUACGUAUUGGUCCAAUAUCACACCCCAAAUAGCAGUCAUUUCCUCACAAUGUCUGCUGUCCCAACCUUAUCCCAAUGUCCCUGACUGUCCCCCAAAUAAAUUAUAGCUGGGUUUCCAACCAGGAUCAAAUCAAGGUUUACACGUUGCAUUUUGUAACUGUGUUUCUUAAUCUCUUUUAAUGUUGAAAAGGUCUCCCCUCCACCACCCCCACCCUCUGCUACUUUCAUUUUAAAAAUGACAUUGAUUUUAUAUAUUUUUUUGAGGAUAGUAGGCCUGCUGCCUGGUAGAAGUUCCCAUUCUGGAUUUGUCUCAUUGUGUCAUACAACCAGUUUCUCUAUCCCGUGUUUUCAAGGGUUUAGACAAUAUGGACUUUUGCCUUUUCUGCUGACUUGACAGCUUCACUCUCACCUAAGAUGCACCUGUUCUGUCUCCUGCACCAAGUGCCAAACCAGCAGGAGAGCCAGUAGGAGCACCAGAAGCUCAGGCAAAGGCAAGGGAGGGCUCCCUGGAGGAGGUGGCAUCACAGCCAGGCCUGGGAGGAAGGGAUAGCGGGCACUCUAGAGGAGGAGGCUGUGUCGUGGAGGCUGGACUGAGCAGCACUGGGGCCCUGUUGGGAAUGAGAUGUCUCUGGCCCCAUUUGACCCUGAGGAUACACCUCUCUAUCUUUUUUGUGUACCAGGGUUUGCACUUUGCACAGACCUGUGGUGUUUUAUAGAUUCACAUUUGCCCCUGGCCAGGGCCAGGCCCCUGGCAUGCACCAAGGAAGGGCCUGGAUUGGGAACUGGCUCCCUCAAGCUGUGGCAUGGGGGAGAAGAGCACUGGAUGGAGGCAGGGGUGAGGCCAGGUCCCAGCCAGGUGCAUUUAGUAGCUGCAUGAGGAUUUUCCUCCCAAGGCCUCAAUUUCCCCAUCUUUGAAAUGAGCAGGUGAGGCUACAGCAGUGGCCUUCAAAUGUUAAAGAAAAUCAUAAGAGGAAAUGAGCAGGACAGAAGGAAGCAGUUCUGGUCUAGUUGAAGUGGGAGUGGGGCUCCGGACCCCUACUCCCCCAGCCCUUGAGGCCGUGCUGGAUCCCCACUUGCCAGCCCUGGACGGGAUGUUCUCUGGGGCUGGCCUGGCCAGCUCAGACGGCCAGAGCUCCGGCUCCUCCGAGGGGCGGGCAUGGGCUUUGUGCGGAGCCAGUUCCAAGGCCCUGGGGGGACUCAGGCUGUGUUUUAUCCUAAGAAGUUCAUCCCUCCCACUCCUCUCUCUGGCCCUGGAGGAGAAUGAGGGAAAGGGGGUUUUCUAUGACUGCUAGCUUUUAUUAUCAACAAGAGGGCUCCUUUUGUAAUUUUUGCAUGAAAUUCAUGUCAUUUCCUGGGGAGAGGAGAGAGCUGACUGGAGAGGGUGGGGGGCACGUUAGGGGAGCAGGCAGAGGUUUCCGUCCCUUGUGGGGGUGGGGAGAGGGGUGGAGAGGAGGCGCCACCCAGCUCACCUGAAGAUGAGGGCUCUCGAACCAGCCGUUUUGGGUUGUGUUAAAAGUGGGAACUUCCUCCAUUAAUGUACAAUCUCGAACUAACUGCUAAUAAAGUGGGGUUCUGUUUGUACACA